UUUAUUACUGAGCGAGAACACAUUCAAAUACAAAAUGGGUGACGUUAAUGAAGAUGUUAAGCCUGAUGUUUAUCAAAAUGGAAAUGGAGCUGAUCCAGUUAAUUGUGAUAAUGGUGGAGGAGAAGGAACAGUCGAUGGAGAUGGAACUGGUAUCAAAGAGGAGACUGGUGGAGGAGGAGGUGGUGGUAGUGGAGGUGGAGGAUUUGCUGGAUUUAGUAACAGAGGAUCGAGGAAUAACGCACAGCUUGAACCUGAACAAUUUCGGAAGAUUUUCAUUGGAGGACUCUCAUUGAACACAACAGAUGAAAAUCUUCAUAACUUUUAUUCACAAUGGGGUGAACUUGUUGAUUGUAUUGUAAUGCGUGAUCCUGCAAGUAAACGCUCGCGUGGAUUUGGAUUUGUCUCGUAUUCUUGUCAAAGCGAGGUUGAUCUGGCCAUGGCUGCACGUCCGCAUAAUAUUGAUGGUAAAGUGGUGGAUCCGAAACGAGCUGUUCCACGUGAUCAGUCACAAAAAUCUGAACAGAAUAUGUCAACAAAGCGUCUUUAUGUGUCUGGUGUUCGAGAAGAGCACACAGAAGAUAUUUUUAGCAAAUAUUUUGCACAAUUUGGAGUUGUCACAAAAGUUGAAAUCAUCACUGAUAAAGUUACUCAAAAAGCGCGUGGAUUUGCCUUUAUUUCUUUUGAUGAUUAUGAUUCUGUGGAUAAAUGUGUUCUCCUAAAAUCACAUAUGAUCUAUGGCUAUCGUUGUGAUGUAAAAAAGGCAUUGAGUCGAGAUGAAAUGCAGAGGGCUGCCCAAAAAGAACGUGAUCAUCCUGUUGGUCGUGGUUCACAGCCUUACGGCGGUGGAAGAAGUGGCGGUGGUUAUGGCGGAGGUGGCUAUGGUGGGCAAUAUGGUGGUGGUUAUGGGCCACCUCCUGCAUGGGGACCUCCAGCACCUGCACCGCAAUGGGGAGGAGGCGGUUAUGCUGGAAGUUAUGGAGGAGGUGGGUAUGCUGCAAGUUAUGGACCAGGACCUGCGCCAUGGGGUGGUGGUGCACCUACAGGGCCUCAAGCUGCUGAGCAAGGACAGUGGGCUGCGGGUGGAGGUGGUGGUUAUGCUGCUAGUGGAGGUGUUGGUGGAGGAGCUCAAUCAGGCACUGGAGCCACCGCCACUCAACAAGAUUACACGUCGAAUCAAUGGCCACCUCAAGGACCGCAAGGUGUCCCACCUCCACAGCAAUGGAGCGCAGGACGUUAUUAAUGUGGUUUAUUUUGGAAAAGCUUGAUGGGAUUCUUUCUUUUAAAUAUAAUUUACCUAUUUUCAUUUUUCAUGCUUUGUUUAUUCCUUCCACACACAAAGUGAUUUUCUUUUCACAAGAAUAAAAUGGAUUUGUCAGUUUCGUUAUGUUAUCCUCAUAUGGAUUAAGUUGGGCGCAUUGGGGUGGUUUUUGGCUGCGUUAUUUUUGACCAAAUUAAUGCGAAGACUGCGGCGCUGGCGAUUAUUAUUUUUCAAUCAUGGGAAUCAGAUUGAAUCCUUGGGGAAUCAAAGAUCUGGACCAGAAAUGUCAUUUUAUAAGACGUU